AUGUCCAGCGGUAGAAGAGCAGAUCGAAAUUCUCGCGACGAUCGCUCGCCUUCAGCCACUCCGCCACGUUCGCGGUACUACUUCAUUAGAACAACAUUUUUCAAUGAAAUUCACAACGACUGCCGAUUAAAUCACUAGUAAUCGGUCGAAGUUUCCAUUUUAAAAUUUCACUCGGUUUGAAGACCGAUCACCAUUCUAUGACAGAAGUUUCUAUUUUUUAUGUAUCACGCAAAAUCGUUUUCUAUUUUUUAUGUAUCACGCAAAAAUUAGUUUUUUGCUUAGUUUAUUUUUAAAAUAACAUCGUUCAUAGUUUUAAUUGAUUUGAUGAUUUCAGAGACUCGCGCGUUCGAGAUCGGCGACAUCAGGAACGCGAUAGAACUGCCAGAGGAGACCGACGUCGCGACGGGAAGCUGCGAAAAGAAAAAAAGAGAUCGCGCUCGCGGAGGUUGUUUGCGGUUUGAACUUGCUCUAACUCUAGUUUUUUGUUCAGUAGACACCGCUCUCGAACUCCUAAGAGGAACAAAAGACGCGACAAGCGACGUUAUUCUACCGAGUCCGAUGCCGAAUUGUGAUUUCCAUUCCAUAUUUUUUUCUUUCAUCUUCUUUUUUUUAGAAUGUCGAGCUCUCUUAUAAGUGAAAUAGCCAAACAGCAUGGAGAUGUUAUGAAAAACUCAUCGGCGAAAAAAAAGAAACAUAGGAAAAAACACGUUCGCGACAGUUCGUCCUCAUCUUCGUCUAGCCCUGACAUCUCAGUGAGUUUUCUAAACAAGAUUUAAAUUUUUUCAGUUCGUAAGGAAUCAUUUUUUCGGCUGUCAAAAAUAUUUUCAAGCUGUUAAUGAAACAGCUUGUUUGAUUCAAAUUUUUCGAAGGAGCUAGUUUUCAGAUGGUAGAUACAUAACUCUCAAACUUGAACGGUUAAAGAUUGUUACACCUUCCUAAAAUAUUUCAUGUCUGAGUGAAACAAUUAUGUAGAGAACUUAGUUUCAUUCAGAAUCCGCACUGUGAGACUUUUUGCUAUUAGAGAAGACAAAUUGCGUUUUAAUUCUUUAUUUAAGUGCGUUUUCAGUCUCAAAAGCGGGGAGAUGGCGCGAUGAAUGGCUCUUCUACUUCGCUGAACAUCCCUGCGCCAUGCAUGCCGCCUUCCUUCGACCCGUCGUCCUACUCGUUCUUCCACCAUUCCAUAGUCCGUUGAAUGGAUAUGCUUCAAAAGCUGGAACUUUUUUCUCUAGCUGGCAGCUUUCAGAUACAACCAGUUCCCCCGCCUCCAGCGGCGCCUUACUUUGGGAACUGUUUCAUUCCUCCGGUCCCUCCACCGCCCAACGCCAAUCCAGAAGCAUUAGUUUGUCCCUUGCCUCUUGACUGAGCUCAUCGAAAACAACUACAGCGAGUCGCACAGCAGUUUUCGGCUACACCGACUUUCGGAAUCGUCUCGGCGCCGCCGUCAGUUCCACCGCCUCGCAUCGUUUGCGGCGUGCAAUUGUCGACGAUCACCCCGCCGGAAAGACUGCCUUCUAUCGCUCCAGAGGUUCGCACAGGUCCUCCGCAACGAGAAAAAGUCUUUCGCAGAUGGUUCAUGCGGACAUUUCUGCGUCGACGUCGCGGACGCGAGUUGGCAUCGUCGACGGCCUCCCUCUGCCUAAUGUGCAUUCUAUGGAUCAGAUCAAGAGAAGGAAACCACCUGCUCCAGUGUUUGUUUUUUUCUUCUUUCUCAAUUAUUCAAAAUAUCGGGUAGCAUUCUAUAAAAAUCUAUUUUUUAUAAUGUAGGCGUUAAAUAAACAUUUUUUUUUCUUUGGCGUCGUCUUGGGUUUUAGGGGGGUUUUUUUUGCAAAAGUUUUGAGAUGAAAAAAUCAAUUACUUUUUUAUCCACACCUAUCAAUUUUUUUUUGUUGUGCUUACUCGUAUCUUUUCCGCGAUCAUGCCAGUUUCAUUUUUUUUUUUUUUCAUAAAAGAAGUAGAACUUGACGCAGCUUCAAACUUUAAUGAAAUGUUGCUGAGAUGCUCUCUAGAACAACCUUAUUAAAUCAGGAAAAACAAGUAUCGACUUUUCUCUUCGAGCCGAGAAAAAAACAAUAUUUAUUUUGCUGUGAUUAAGAGGUUCUAGAGGAAAUCUCAGAAAUUCCAUCAAAAUGAAUCAAGCUGCGUCCAUUUGUACGUACUUGUCGAUUUAAUUUCAAUAAUAAAUCAAACAACCAAUAUUUUUUUUGAAUGAUCAAAAGCGAGAAAAAAAAAAUUAUUAUUAGAAAAUCUUUGCCAUUGCGCGUUAAAUUAUUUUUUUUCUUUCUUAAACUGAUAAGGUUUUUGUUGAUAGGUACUUGUUAUACGAAAAAUUUGCUUCGAUCGUUUCAGUGGUUGUUUCACUCUGUUUUUGCAGCAUCAUAAACCGGAAAGGAUCCCGAAGGAAUCAAUUGGCUGGCGCCGAAUGGGGAAUGACGGUUCUAGGCGAUUAUGAACUCUUGGAUCAAAUUGGCGAAGGCACCUAUGGACAAGUUUACAAGGCGACAAACCGCAGAACUGGUCAUUUUUUGCUUUCUCGAGUGUUCUCCAUACUAGCGGUUUAGGCGAACAAGUUGCGUUGAAGCGAGUGAGGCUGGAGAACGAAAAAGAAGGGUUUCCCAUAACGGCUGUUCGCGAAAUAAAGAUUUUGCGGCAACUCAACCACAAGAACAUAGUUCGGCUAAUUGACAUUGUUACGGAUGAUGUUUCUAUGCAUGAUUUGAGAAAUUCUCGAGGCGAGUAACUGAUUUUUCGACAUCUAAUUUUAAAUUAUUCAGUCAACUUCUACUUGGUUUUUGAGUACGUUGAUCACGAUCUUAUGGGCUUACUCGAGUCGAAGAACCUUUUCAACGUCGACGAAGUGCAGAUUUGCAGUCUGUUCAAGCAGCUUUUGGAGGUUAGUUGCCGAAGCGUACUUCGCUCACGAAAAUAACUUUUUCAAGGGUCUUGCCUACUGCCACAAGGCCGGGUUCCUCCAUCGAGAUAUCAAGUGCAGUAAUAUACUUGUAAAUAAUAAGUGAGGGACUGCUUGAAUUUACUUUCAAUACUAAACUUGCAUUUGUGCAGAGGCGAGCUGAAAGUGGCGGACCUCGGAUUGGCUCGUUUUUGGCACGAAGAUAUGGAAAGGCCUUACACAAAUCGAGUCAUAACUCUCUGGUAUCGACCUCCGGAGCUGCUUCUCGGCGAAGAACACUACGGCCCAGCCAUCGACGUUUGGAGCGUCGGGUCAGCCUUAAAAAUUUAUUUCUUCGACAGAAAUACAUUCUUGAACGAGAACAUCGAGAAAGUGGAGAGCCUCUAAGAGUUGACAGUGAAACCAAAAAUUUUAUUUCAGAUAACAUUUGAAAUCGCGUUUUCUUUCUGGAAAAAAUUAGAACUAGGGGAUACUCGCCUGCAUAUUUUUACCUGGGCUGAACGUCUAGCAAAGUUUAGAAAGACGGCCAUUUUUUUGGUUCUCACCUCCCAAAAAUUUAUGGUCCUUCUACUUUUUUCCAGUAAUGAAACCAUCCGCCAAACAUAAUCUCGGAUUCCUCUGAUUUUCUCCCGCUAAACAACUCUGACGAUAGAAUUUGGAGAAAAAGGUUGUUUUCAGUUGUAUGCUUGGCGAGUUGUUCACCCGGAAGCCUUUGUUUUGUGGGAACAACGAAAGUGCUCAGCUGGAGCUUAUUUCAAAGGUUUGAUUUUUAUCAUGCUCUCAUAAAUUUGUUUCGCUCUUCAGUAAUACAUGUUAUAAUUCAGAUGUGCGGUUCUCCGACGCCGGAUUUGUGGCCGGAAGUCGUCGUUUUGCCGUUGUAUGGCACUUUAAAGCCGAAGAAGAUUUAUUCGCGGCGGCUAUACGACGAAUUCCGCUGGUCCGUCGGAUUUUGUGCGUUUCCCACGGUAGCAAGAGUUUUUCAGCAUCAUGCCGGAGCAGGCGCUGAACCUCCUUGAUCGGAUGCUCACCUUAGAUCCCAAAAAGCGAAUCUCCGCCCAGGCUGCUCUAGCUCAUCCUUGGAUUCGCGAGCUCGACAACAAGUUUGUCCCUCCGAUUCAGCUGCCACAACAUCAGGUUUUUGAGAGACGGAUAAGAUUUCAUCAAAAGACGAAUUUCAAGGAUUGUCACGAGAUGUGGAGCAAGAAGCAGAAGAAAAAAUUGCAACAAAGCUCUCUGCCUUCGAUUAGUUCCACCGUUUCGAGGCCUUCCUCGAGUGUUCAAUCCGUCGGUCGUUAUGUACCUGAAUCUCAGAAACACGAAGUUCGCCAGGGUACGUUUUUUUUGAAAGCAUGAUUUUGGAUGAGAAAGUAAAUUUAUUUUAGAGGUCGUGAGGAAAGUUCGUGAAUAUCUGGAGAAUCCGUACUCUUCAAAGAAGGCCGAUGAACUCACCAAGAACUUUGAAAGUUUAAGCGAAGAUAUCGCUUCCGUUUAUGUGGAAGCUUUGAUGGUGACUUGAUCCUAGUCUCUCUCAUGUAUCUCGAUAAUUUCCAGGAGUUCAUUCCCCUUUGUCGAUUAGCAAUGCCGUCGAUUCCGCCCAACCUAUCUUGUAAAGAGCGGAUAGCUGAAUUCGUCAAGUUCUAUUUAAAAUGUGUGUUUGACUUCUUUCACUAGGAAAGUUUCUAAAAAUCCCAGAUGGGGUCCAAACGUUCGUUGUAGGCUGGACCCUAUGUUCUCUGAAAAAACAAGUCGAAUCAAUUUGAAAAACUAGAAUUCAGGCAAUUUGGAGGAAAAACAUUUCAAAGCAAACCCUACAUUUUCAAUCUUCAAAAUGAAACUUGCUUUUUAUUUUUUUCUCUUGUUUCUCAAAUUUUUGAAAUUCAAAAGUUUAACUUGUCAAAAAAAGUUAUUCAUCCUUUUUUUGAAAAUCACUUGCGCAUAGAAAAAAAGUCAAUGUUUGAAAAGGAAAAGCAAGAAAAUUUCUUUUUAUUCACACUGAGAAGUGAAGGAAUUUCAGCGGAAAAACCGAGGCAGCCGUCGGCCGCAGCCAACGAUGCUUACUUCCACCAGCAACCUCCACAGCGGCCGUUCAACGGCGACGGCCAGCAUUCGCGUCCUUUCGGCUUCCCCCCACCUCCGGGCUCGUUUUGA